ACAGUCAUUUCUCCUGCAGAGAACAACACUGGAGAUGAUCAGAAAGAUGGGUGGAUUGAAAAAGGUGCAAAUUGCAAGAACAGAGAUGGAAGCAAAGGUGUCUCUUGGUUGUGACGAGGUGCUGGUGAACGGGAAAGAGAAGAAUGGGCAUGUCUCUCUUCAAGUGAACUUUACCUACCUCUAUUUGACCAGCCAAUUAGAGCUCACCGUCUGGGUGCCACGGUUACCGCUGCAGAUUGACGUCUCUGAUGCCGAACUCAGCCAAGUUAAAGGAUGGAGGGUACCCAUCAUCACCAACAAGAGACCGACACGGGACAGUGAGGAUGAUGAGGAGGAUGAGAGGAAGGGCAGAGGCUGUGCCUUGCAGUAUCAGUACGCUCUGGUGCGUGUCCUCACACACUUCGUGGCCGAGCCAGUUAGCCCUGGUGGGGAGCUUGUGCACAUGCUAGGUUCUGAUUGGUCAGCUGACAUCACAGAGAUGGUCCUGGACUUCCUGAAAGUGGAAGAUACAAGCAUUGCCCGACUAAUUGACGGAAGGGUGCUGGUGGGAAGAGACCCGGGGAUCACCAAUAUACAGGUGAUAUCCCCCUUUUCUGACUCUAUUCUGGCUGAGAAGACCAUCACAGUGGUGGAUGAUAAAGUGACCAUCAGUGAUCUGGGAGUUCAGCUUGUGGGCUCUUUGAGUCUCUCACUGCAGGCCAGUUCCACCAACAACAGAGCCUUCUACAUCACAACCACUGCUCAGGACCUGUUGCACACACCCAAACAGGAAGCCAUUAUCAGUGCAUGGAUUCAGUACAGCGAUGGCUCUGUGACUCCUCUUGAUAUCUAUGACCCUAAAGAUUUCACUGUAACCAUCACCUCACUGGAUGAGAACGUGGUCUCCACCUAUCAGGAUCAGUCCCAACGCUGGCCUGUGGUAGUGGCAGAAGGCGAGGGACAGGGAGCGCUACUGCGCGUGGAGAUGAUGAUCUCAGAAACCUGCCAGAAAUCCAAGAGAAAGAGCAUUUUGGCGAUGGGGAUAGGAAACGUACAGGUGAAGUUCGGACAGAACGACCUGGAGCAGAGGAGUGGAACUCAGGAGAACAGUCUGGACAACAGCACAAACGAACAGAAACAUAAGCUUCUAGAAGCGGAUAAAACAAGUGGAGGCGAUGGCUGGAAAUACACCAACACCGGGGUGGAACGAGAAGAGUCGGUUCUAAAGAAGAUCAGCACAACCGCAAAGACUCCACUAACCGGUCGUUCCGGGGGCAGCAAGCAGGGUGGGGGGCAAAACAACAACCCUGUGGACUACACCAGUUUCCCAGCACAGGUGGACCUACCUGGCGGUGCGGACAGCGACUUGACUCAGGCUCCGAGAGGUCUGUCAGAUCUGGAAAUUGGCAUGUAUGCUCUGCUUGGAGUCUUCUGCCUUGCUAUCCUCGUCUUCCUCAUCAACUGUGUCAGCUUUGCCUUCCGCUACCGCCACAAAGAGCUUCCUGUGUUGGAGCAGGGCAACAUGAACCAUGCCCACGACUGGGUGUGGCUAGGUAACGAAGCAGACCUGAUGGAUCAUCACGGAGAUCACGGGCCACUGGCACACAACGAUGAGUGCACCACCGCGAUAGAUCGCAACGAAGGUUGCGAGGAGAGCAAGUACCUUCUCAACGGGAGCGGCGUUCAGAAAAGUGGACGUGGCAUCCCCCAAGUGCACUCUGAUCCACGGUCUUGUUUGGGAAACGACCCCAGUGGAAAAAUCGAGCCCCUUAACAACUCUCCCAGCGCUACCAAGCGCAAAAGGGUGAAGUUUACUUCCUUUGCCACCGUACUACCAGACGAAGGCGGGCCGUACACCAACUCCAUCCUUAUUGGGAAUGAAGAUGACAUCAAGUGGGUCUGUCAAGACAUGGACCUGGGGCAGUCAGCCGAGCUCAGGAGCUACAUGGAGAGACUGCAAGACAAUCUGUAGGAGCCGGGAAGAGAACGAAAGAAAGGGAAAGGUAGAGGGCGGACACACAAAAACUCACCAGAAAUGCCUUUGCACUGUGGGGGGAAUGCAGGGAGACAGGGAGGGAGGAAUUAUUAAAGAAUCGAAAGUGGACGCAAGCAGGGAGCAGGAAGAAAUAAAAUCCUUUGGGAGUCUCGAGUUAAGUAGGAAAUUCACGAAAAGGGGAAACGGGUGAAAAGAGACUGGCACGUUCGUACUGGCUCCGCCGAACGGUCCAGGUGGCGCAGAGGGAGCAGCUGCCAAUUGGCUAGCACAGGGACAGAACGCCAGUUACCGACAUCCCGAAUAAACAAGCCCAAACAAGACCAGCGAGAGAAAGAAAGAAAGGAAACAAGCUUGACAGCUGUACAGAAAAUCACAGUCCAUGGAAGUUGAUAAAAAGCAGUUGUUAUCGCUAAUGUAAUUUAGUGUUUUGAUUUUUUUCUCGUUUCAAAUCAUUGGGACGUUUACAACAGAUCUUAUUUUUUUAGAUAAUCCCAGUUUUUUUGUUUGUUUUUAGAUUAGUAUGUAACUAGACCAAAACAGCCCCUCAAUGCACCCGGCCCGGCCCAGAUCCAGGUGUUUGUUUUUUGUUUUCCGCUCUUUUUGUACUGUCUGUCCCUCCUGCCUGAAUCCAAGAGAGCUGGGGUACAAGGAUGUGUGGGAUUCCCCCUGGCUGGAGUCUGUACCAGCUGUAUCUGCACACACACUGUUUAAGGAGUCCUCCCUCUCCAUCUCUCCUCUGGGAGAAAAACACAAGACAUCUAUGAUGAAAAGCAACAUGUGAAUAAAAAGACUCCCCAUGCACUGUUCAUUUGAUCAAGUGAAUGUGGGAUAAAAAAGACUGAGGACUUCUUUUGAGUCCCAUCGGGGGGUUGUUCAUUUGCACAAUAAGAAUAAUACAGAAAGUGCAUAGAGCGACCCUCAGCUGAUCUGCUGACUGUCCUUACAGCAACUGAUCCAGACCUUCAACCUGACAGAUGCGAUGUUGAACAUGGGACGGACAGUGUAGAAAUACAAGCCCACAAAUUUGAGUUGUGUUUGUUAUAAACCCAUAUGAUUGCUGUGAUAGGAAAAUAUACAAGAGUAGAUAUGGUCUAUUACUCUCCACUAUGGUAAAUGUAUGAAUGUUUCUCUUUUUAUUGAGGUGAAAUGUACAUCGUUUACCCCCUUUUUACAUGGCUGGAGCACCUGCCCAUGGUUUUUACAUGUCCUAUAGGUUUGAAAGCAACUUUCUAUUUCUGCCUCACUAACCCCAGCGUUUACCCGGCUCCUUGAAUUCUUGUUGUUUAUAUUACUGAAGAGUUGUAGGGAAGGACCGAUGUGGAAACCUUCUCUUUGAAAGCUCAGGUGAAAAUACGCUCACAGAUGAACAGUGGUAAUAUUCAAAUGUAGGUUGUAAGAAUGCAAUAUUUAUUUGUAAGUGUAAUAUGAGAUAGGAUGUAAAUAAAAUGAUUGAAACUUUCUUGUGGACACUGCAAAAAGGCUGUUGCCUACAUUUUCACAAUCGACACAGAGAGUCAUGAGGCCGUUUGAGUGUAUCAUAUUUUAUGUUCAAAUCUGAUUUCCCCCGAAGGAAUAAAAAAGAUAGGCUUUAAUAUGUUAAGACAUGUCAUUGGUUUUGUCAGAAUAUCAGAUUCCACAUUUCCACAGGGUUCGGUCUUUUCCUUUGAUAGAUUAUUUCUGUUUGUUUCAAAGGUGUUUGAUUUAGUUCAAUCUGUGAAGUAGGGUAGAGCAGAUUUAAUUGUAAUUGGAAAGUAUUUAUAUAAAUGUAUAAGUUUUUUU